UCAGUUUAACAUUGUCUCCAGCAUGGCGAAGAGGAUGUGCCUCCUGGUCGUAGGUGUGCUGCUAUUGGCUGGAUCCAGUCACGAGUCAGGUUUUCAGGGGAACAAGAUCGUCGCCUCCCUCGAUAUUGUACCGAGAGAGACGAUUCCAGUCGUGCCAUCAUAUUCUAUUCAACUGGAUGGACCUGUUACAGUGAAUGCAUUAUCUUCUGCCUCCUAUUACCAGUCUUUAUCGGAUCCAAAGAGACUCCCUAGAACCAGAUGUGACCGCGUCAAUGAGUACGACACCAAGUCUCAGGCCUGUUGUGGACAAUCCACCACCCUUCCCAACGGCGUCAGGUGUUGUCAAGGCAACGUAUACAACAAGGCGGCCCAGUUCUGCUAUCGAGGCGUGGUCCACUACUAUUUGGACUUCAAUCCGAUUCAACAACCACGUCCCAAAUGUGGCCAGUAUUACUAUCACUACCAAGAUCAGGCCUGUUGCGCCGGCAAGAUCUAUAUCCCAGCCAGCCAGGGGUGUUGCAACAACGUGGUCUUUACCUACGCGACACAGAUGUGCGUCGGCGGACAAGUGCGAGAACAUAAUUCCUACGCCCCAUGUCCAGGAUUCCACACCGAUCACCCGUCGCAAUACGGUUGCUGCAAUGGCGUCUCGUACUUGUACAGCACGAAGGGAUGUUGCCAAGGCAAUGUGUACGACCUUGACGUGAGCAAGUGCACCAAGGACACGCUGACUGUUCAUAGGGACGGAAAAAAGCGCUGUGGCGGGCAGGUUUACAUCCAGCACAACCUCAGCUGCUGCCGAGGACUGCUCUACGAUCACAACAAACAGACUUGCUGCGAGGGGCGCGUCCUUAAUGCGACCACCAUGUACUGCCAAGAAGGCCGCGGGCUCAGAUAUGACAAAAUGGUGCUCUGUGGCGCGAUGCAGUACGACCCCACGCGCUUCGGCUGUUGUCAUGGUGAUCCCUUUGAUCCUCGUCACCAGGGCUGCUGCGCCUAUACUGUGUUUUGGAAGGACCAGUACACGUGUACCAAUGGUUACCUGUACCCCGUGGCCGCUGAUCCGGUCGGAUCCGGAAACCAGAUGCCAUAUUGCGAUGACGAAGCGUUUGAUCCUUCCAAGGGCAAGAGAUGCUGUGGCAAGCUGACGUAUAAAACCGGGUUUGAGAGCUGCUGUGGCCAGAACCCCUACUUCAGAGCACGGCAGGUCUGCUGUGAGAGCGAUAACGGCCAGUAUUUCAGAAGAUCCAGAAUGGUCGGUUGCAGAAGUUUUUAACUUUUAAACUACCCGCUAAUGCAGUUUUUUCUUUUGGGGAAAAAUUGUUACUUUCAGGCCACUCUUAAAGUGCUUUGGAAAACGUGAACGGCGGGUACACUUAACAGAUAUUAAGAAAAAAAUUGGACACCAUGAAUAUUUUCGUUUCUCGUACUUUUAGCCUAAAAAUUAAGUGUUAAUAGUGACUCAUCGUAACGUCACCUCAAUUUAUUUUUGAGCACGUCGUAACGUCACCUCAAUUUAUUUUUGGUCUGAACUUAAAGCACCCCGCUUGUGUCCUGUUAUGAUCACUUUUGGUUCUUUUUUAAGGUCACUCGCACAUAAGGAUACAAAGUAAGUCACUUUGUAGAUGCCAUCCUCUUCACAUGAAAAUAUUUUAAAGAUGAUUGCAAGUAAAUGUACACAAAAUUUUGAUUGACGUUUACACUAUAACUAUUAUUUAUCUACCUUCAAUCUUUUUGUCGCUCUUCUCAAAAAUUAACCUGAAUCAAAGUACCUACUCUAGUGAAGACACAUAUAAAAUAAAGUAGCUUAAAAUAUCAGCAUUUUAAGUUGUAGUCAAAUACACGUUCACUAAUUUUUAUAGUGAACACAAUACUGAAAAUUAUCAUAUACGUUUACUCUAUCUGACCACCACCGUCCUAUUCAAUAAUUUUCUAAAAAAAAAAACUAAAUCUAUUGUUUCUUUGUAUCUAAUUUCUUCCUCAUUUGCUUCCAUCUCUGCUGACUAUUUUAGUUUAUGUAAAAGAAAACAAAUGUAAUAAAGACCAUAGUAGCAGGCCACAGUGCUGUAUACCCCCUAGAACGGAAUAACCUGCAAUAGGGUCAAGUGAACCUAGACUAGAUUAUGCUGGGUGGCUAAAAACGAUACUAAUAUCUAAGUUCAAUAAAUUCAACAGUUUUCAAGCUAUUGCAAUGGAAUUUAAGAGAUGUUAGGAGAGCCUUGGAUAAAUGCUGAAAAUUUCAUGACUCUACCUCUCUUAGUUUUGGCACACCGAAAAAAUUAAAGUAAAAAAAAUGUCAACCCGGCCUAUGUCACUCCUGACAGUUGAUUUCAGGAUAGAAACUGCUUCACUCUCAGACUUGAAGUUUUCACGGUUGACCAAUAAUAAUGUAUCAAAAAUCUGUGGAAAAAUUUCAAUUCCAAAGCUUGUGAACUGUUGAAGAUAUUGAACUUUGAGAUUAGUAACAUUUUUUUCUUUUAGCUACCCGAUACACAGCCCCGUGCCCCUCUGAUAUACAUUAAUUUUCGAUAUCUCGUUUGAGACUGACUAUAACGUCUUAUGGGUAGCGGUAUUAUCUGGCGUGGAGGGGCAUAGUUUGUGGUAGGACGGUUUAUCACCCGGGGUAUUCUCUGGCUUGGCCCGAACUGGAUUUAAUCCCAGCACGGGCUCAUUUGGCCUGCUACACUGGUAUUAAUAGGAAGGGGAGAGAGAGAGAAGUGUGGUGUGGUGUGACUAAGGACAUGUCGGAACCACAUAGUGCCAUACUUGAAAAUUAGCUCUGUAGUAGAAUUAUGCUUUGCAUAAUGAUUAUUUGUUAGUUGUUGAAGAAGAUUGGCAAAAGCCUGAGAGAGCAAGUGUGAACAGGGAAAUUUACGUCACUCGGUUAAAACUUAAAGAGGUCAAGCCACACGGCUCAUUUUUUUUUUAUCUACCUGUGAAAAUUGAUGCUUGAGGAAUAUGUCCUGGCAGUAAUUCACUUAUAACACGCGAAUGUGUGUGCCAAAUAGCUCAACUGACUCCAUUUUUAAUCUGCGCAUGAAAUUGCUAAUCAGUUAAUACAUACACUUUUAUAUCAACUUCUGAGUAGUUGGACUUCAAAAUAUCCUAUAUUUUGCAGAAUCAGUUUCAGCUUCAUUUUGUAUCAGCUAAAUGGCAGAUUUUUCCACAUGAGUUUUGGACUGACAUAAACAUGAACACACAUUCAUUACCUCAUAGAAAAGGCAGUCGAGUUGUCAGGGGACUGAAACACAGGAUGGAGAAGGUCUUUUUAUUCCCAAUUUAUAUUAUCAUAUUUAUUAUAUACAAGCUAUGCGUCAGCGUAGUUAUAUGCAUAUUGUACUUAAAGCAAAAUAAUGCGUGGUAACGUGAUGGUGAGGGGGAAAGAUAUUCUGUAUGAAUUUUGGUCAUGAAAUAAAAACUGGG